AUCACAUUGAAACCGUUUCGAGAUCCGUUCAUUCUUUAGUACAUACUAUUUAACCCUGAUCCCGUCGCUCGAAUAAUUUACAGCAGAAAAUAGCAGUAGGCGACGAUGAGACGAGAGUCUCAGCGACACAUUGUUGUUUUUAGUUCCUGAGGAAUGUUUUUGGAGUAGUGUUUUUGUUGCCAACUGAUCACGUUAGCACACAUGGUAAUCGAAGCGACGCAGAGCGGACACUACGAUGGAAUCGAUAUACAGAAUAGGAUCCGCGGUGUUCGGUGGAAUGUUCGACAGCAUCCGAGGCAUUACGGCCGUGUUUUAUCUCGAUAGGGAGGCAAACCGAAAGAUUGGGCAGCCACGCCCCACCAAGGAGAGCCUAUCCUCACAACCGUCUCCCGGUAGCUCUGUGGCGCCGAAACGCACCGAAGAAUCGAAGGUGCUAAAGCGAGUGUUCCAGUGUUCGAUGUUGAACGGUGGCAUCUUUAUGCUAAGCAUCCUGAUCUUCGAGUAUGUCGUACUCCCAGGACUCCACUUCUUUCUGUGGUAUCUGUUCCGUAGCUCGACCACGCUGACGACUGUCUGGGGCUGGAUGCAACCCUCUUUGUCGCUGCUCUUCAAUUCGUUCUGGGUAGCGCCGCUCUUUUUGCUCAGCAAAAUCGUCAACAGCCUCUGGUUCCAGGACAUUGCCGACUCGGCGUACAAAUUUCGCAAGGGUCGCCCGCAGCUGAUACCGAGCAUAAGCAAACUCAUUGCCGACAUGCUCAUUAACUUUCUGAUACAGAUACUAUUUCUGCUGCAGAGCACACUCGUAAAGUACCUCCCGGUGCCAGUCCCGUUCGUGUGCCGUGCGAUCUACAUGGUUCACAUGAGUCUGCUUUGCGCACUGUACUCCUUCGAGUACAAGUGGUUCAACAUGGGCUGGGAACUGCACAAACGACUGACUUACAUCGAACAAAACUGGCCGUAUUUCCUUGGAUUCGGACUACCGUUGGCCGUGCUUUCAGAAAUACCCAACUCCUUCAUCAUCAGUGGUUGCGUGUUUUCGGUUCUCUUUCCUUUGUUUAUUAUCAGUGCGAAUGAGGCAACACCGAAGGUGGACAUUUGCGAAACGCCGCUGAAACUGUUCUCGAUCGUCGUGGCACUCACCAACGCCCUGUUUCGGGGGCGAACAAAGUCCGGAAAGGCCGCUCUCUCACAGCCCCUCCCGCCGAGCGCCAGUGCGGGAAACAUUCGGGGACUUACGCCCCCGCUCGCCUCGUCCACACCUUCGUUCGGCUUUCAGUCCUCAGCUUUCAUGCAACAGCAGCAACAACACCGGUCGCAUCGACACCAUCACCGGCACCAGCAUCAGCGAAAUCCGUCUCCAUCGCCGUCGGCCGUCUCGUCAUUCGCGUCCUCAGCCUCCGUCUUGACUGCGCAACAAUCCGUGCUAAGCAGGCCUCUUCGGCGGUAGAAAUAGGCGACGGAGACUGUGUUGGUUGGUCGGGACAUGAUAUUGAUACAACGAUUGAAAGCUCAAAUACUAACCGCUACAAAAAAAAAACUGAUGGACUGAUCGUCUGCUAGAACAGCUGACAACGCUAAGGUUCUGAAGAAACGGAGUGAUUAACACGUUUCGCACCGUUUCGACCGUUUCGAGUCGCUUGAGUUACGCGACAAUCGCGCCAAAAUUCACCAAUCAAAGUUGCCUUUGAUACAUUUUAGUUUUCUAAAGGAACCAAGCAAGGGUGGAAUUCAUUCAAUAAUAGAAGAUAGAUCACUGAUCCUCAGUCCACGACACUAUAAAAAAGGCUUUCUCCCCACUAUUUUGGUUUUCUGCGUUAUAUGGUAGAGUAGAAAUCGAUUUCGUUCUUACAUUUAAAGCAUGUUGUACAGGGACAGGCCGUACCUGUAUCCUAUCCGCAAUGGCAAACGCGCUGCCCUUGCCCCACACUAGCGGGAGUGGCCACAGUCUAAGUACCGGGUAGUGGGAAUCAUUUCUGUGAGAUUAGCCCACGUGUUAGAUACGAAAACUCAGGCACGCGUGUGUAGGUGAUCAAAGGAGGACAAUGCUAUGCCAAGCAUGACGAUCGCGUUAUUCUAAUGGAACCUCUUCAGUUGAGACCGCAUUUUUAGAGGGUCGAUGCAAUUUGCAACAAUAGAGGCGUUGCUUGUGUCCUAUGAGCAGAACGGACACGGAGACUACGAAAAACUAAAACAAAACAAUAAUAGUGUACAUUCGAACAUUUUUGUACGAACACUCUACGCCAUUCGGGUAUUGAAGGGUCGGGUGCGCUUCGUGGAAGCUUUGUAACGCUUUACGUUGUCUUCUGUUGGCUUCGCAAUUGAACGAACUAAUCUAUGCAAAGGGAAAUAAACGGUUCAAGUACUUCCA